AUGGCGGGCUNCGAGCCACACGUAGACCGCGGCGGGGACGUGGACGAGGAACGCGCCGCGGGAGUCGAGGAGCUCCGCGGCGGAGGCGCCGGAGGAGGAGGAGGAGGGGAGCGCGGUUUUGGGGACGAGGUGGAGCGGGGCGCAGGGCGAGUGCGGCGCGAGGCGGAGGACGCGGCGCGCGGAGCCGGGGGAGUUGGCGGCGGCGGCGGCGGCGGCGCCGGGGCGGGGCUGGCGCCGCAGCAGCUGCGCGGCGAAGCCGAGGUUGGGGUCGGCGGCGGCGCGCGCGGCCUUGACGCGGCGGAGCGCGGCGUCGAAGGGGAUCGCGUGGCGCCACAUGAGGUAGGCGACGACGAUGGCCGCGGAGCGCGACGCGCCGCGGACGCAGUGGACGAGAGCGCGCCCCCCUCCCCCUCCCCCACCGCCGCCGCGGGCGUCCUCGAGGAAGUCGAAGGCGUCGUAGAGGACGGAGGAGAGUCCGGGCACGCGGCGCCGACGCAGUUCAGCACGUGCGUGAUCCCGUGCCGCCGCAGCGCGUUCCUGUCCCGCGCCGCCGCGUCGCUCCCCAGGUACACGUGGUCGGCCACGCGGGACAGGUCCGCCGCGUCGGUGUGCGCCAGCCCCGACGCCGACGCGGAUGGGGUUGGCCCGGAGUCGUCCGACGCCUGCCGGGGCCAUCCCGACAAGGGCGGCCGGACCGGGAGGGCCAGCCGGCCCGGCCUCUUCGGCGGCCGGGCCGGGUUCGGUUGCGGCGCCGGCGCGGUCGGCGAGGACCGGGCGGUCCAGGAGGCCGAGCGCCAGAAGGAUUUCCUCGGGGUGAGAUUAUCACCCGAGGUGGACGCGUCGGCGCCGUCGCUCAUACUGUAG